UUUAUUUUUUUAGUAAUAUAAACAAAAAAAAAAAGUUUUAAUCGGAUUAUUUCACAGACCCAGCUCUCUGCGCAGAGCAAUUUACAUCCUCAGUAUUAUAUUGGUUACGUUUUUUUUUUUUCUUCCUUUGCUUCUCAUUCUCUUUCGAUUCAAUGAAAACGAGGAAAUCAAAACGAUGGGAGUUCUGAUCGGUUUCCAGAAACAAUUGAUCUCGCCUCGUCGUCUUCUUCUUCCUGAGACGUUAUCGAGAUCGGAUGAUGAAUACGCAGGAGAAAGAGAUGUCGCCUCGUCGUCUUCUUCUUCGAUCAAGUCUUCGACCUAUGGAGAAAAGUGGAAUUGGAGCAAUACCCAACUGGUCCUCAUAUUGCUUCUCGUAUGGUUGUCACUGUAAAUUCUUCUUUCCUCUACUCAAAAGUUUAUUGCUUUUGUUGCUUACAUACACCUUUUGGGCAAUGAGGUUAAUUUCAUGCUUUCUGUGGUCUGUGGAGUGGGUCUUUCUUAAUUAUCUCACUGGGCGUUUUGCUUUACUCUUAUGUUUAACUGAGUUUAGUGGAGAAAGAUUCAUAAAAGGCUAGUAUUGAUUUGCUAUUUGAGAUGCUUUGGCUUUGUUCCUGUUCUUCAAGAAGCCUGAAGUGUGUGUCUGUGAUUGGAUUCGAUAUCGAUCCUCAGUCUUUUGAAAUAACAACACUAAAUGCAGAGAAGGGUGGAACAGAGCAAGCCCUUUCAUAGACCAAAUCCAAAUGUAUAAGCUUCUUCUCAGGUUUUCCCAUUGUUCUCCCUCUCUUCUUAGAACUCGAUCCAAACCGUGUGGUUAGGACUUGUGUGUGUUUUGAUGCAGGAUCGGCACAACCCGUUAACUAUGUAAGACUAAUGAUAGCGUUUGUCUAGUUGUUAGGUUUAGUACUUAGUUGUUCAAGUGGCAUGUAAGACUAAGCUAUAUAGUCUGUAGUACUAUUACUAAUUAAGACUAGUGAUAGCGUUUGUCUAGUUGUUGGUAAAAAAUCAGAGAGUAGAUUUAGUUUACUCUUUUUAUAAGUUUUGUAUGUGUUAUAUUGUGUAAAAGACAUGAGAAUAAUGUACUAGUUUGAUGUCUCUCAAUUCUCUCGAACAUUUAAAGCUCGUUUUCUAAUACUCAUCCAAUCAUACACUUGAAACAGAGAAAUACACAACAUGAAGAGAACGAACCUGUAGCAGCACAAUACACACAUACCCUAAUUGUAGCAAAUACAACUUAGAAACAGUAGCAGCACAAGAACAAAUCUUUAAACACAUUUUUAAUAAAGACACACAAGGAUGACUAAUGGGAGGACAAAAAAUAAAAACAAGGGUGUGAUGAUAUAAACUUAGAUUAGUAUUAUUUUGGGAAAACGUCCUGGUUUCCCAUGAGAACUAUGAUAUCGUACCAGAUGGAGCCCGAUCUUUACCCCCGUCCCAGAUGGCUCUCCUGAAAUUCUUUUCAAUCUAUAUACCCAUAUAUCUGUAAUUUACGUUUUGUAUCUCCAUGAGAAUAGAAGAUAUCAUCUAUUUCACCAUUGCUAUAGGUUUAAUUGGUUUACUAUUUGAUUAACCGAGUGACGAAGUUUACAAACCAAAAUAAACCUGAUUUCGACCCGAUUAAAACCUGAUUUUGACCCGAUUAGAAACAUAACCCUCAACCGAGAAAUCCCUAAAAUCACAUUUUAACCUCUUUUUUGUUUUCUCUCGCGACGAACCCUAGAAAAUCAAAUUUCACCAUCGAUUUCUCAAAUUGAAUCGAUGGAUUUAAUAAUCCGAUCUGGUUUUGGGCAACAAGAUGGUAUUGGGCAAAGAGAUGGUGUUGGAGAACGAGAGUACGAUGAAGAAGGAGAGGAUCGAGAUGAAUUUCACGUCGAUAUGCUUGCUCAGGAAUUUACCGAUGCUGAAGAGUCGAUUCGUCAUGAUACGUACCCAGAAAGUGACGACGAGGAAGAAGGUCGUGGUCGUGGUGCGGGUCGUGGUCGUGGUGCGGGUCCAGAGAGGGUGUUUACGGAUAUCGGACGUGGUGAUGGAACUUUGUGGAAAGACCAAUCCUUCUACAAUGGGGUCGCAUUCAAGGAGAGUGUCUUGGACUAUGCACUACAUACUGGUUACAAUUUGAAGCAAUACAGGUAUGACAAAGAUAAACUCGGGUUUAGAUGUGUUGGGGAUAAGGGCAAUUGUGAGUGGAAAGUGUUUGCUGCACUUCUUCCAAACGCAUCUUUGUGGAAGAUUACGAAAUACAUUGAUAAGCAUUGUUGUACCCCCAAUGGCGAGUGUGAGAUGUUUAAGGUCCCAGUCAUAGCUAGAAUUUUUCUCGAUAAGAUUAGAGAGGAACCGGAUCAUUACAAGCCUUUGAGGAUUGAACAGAUUAUCAUGGAAAGGUGGAAGAUAUCCGCUACUAGGCCACAAUGUCAAGCUGCUCGGAGAAAGGCUUUGGGAUGGAUAGAGUAUGAGUAUGAACAACAGUUUGCACGACUGCGAGAUUACCAAGCUGAGAUCUUGGAAGCAAAUCCAGGGUCUGUUGUGGAGAUUGAUACAAUUAAGAAUGAUGCUGGUCAAGACGUCUUCAAUCGGUUUUAUGUUUGUUUCGAUGCCCUUAGAAGAACUUGGAAACAGACUUGCCGGCCAAUAAUAGGAGUUGAUGGCGCCUUCUUAAAGGCAAAGAUCAAGGGACAGUUGCUUGCUGCAUUAGGCAGAGAUGCAGACAAUGGCAUCUAUCCAAUAGCCUGGUGUGUUGUUCAAGUUGAGAACAAAGACAAUUGGUUAUGGUUUGUGAAGAGAUUGAAGACUGACCUGGAUCUAAACGAGGGAGAUGGUUACAUUUUAGUGUCUGAUCGACAAAAGGGGUUGAUAAAAGCUGUGGAGUUGGAGUUACCACAAAUAGAGCAUAGAAUGUGUGUUAGACACAUCUAUGGGAACUUGAAGAAGACUCAUCCUUCCAAGAAGCAAAUCAAGCCACUCCUCUGGCAUAUGGCUUGGAGCUAUAAUGCAAAACAGUUCGGUGAGAGACUGGAACAGAUACACGCUUAUGACACUGGUGUGUAUGAUGAUGUUAUGAAGUCGAAACCAAAGAGCUGGUGUCGUGCCUUCUAUAAGUUGGGGGGUUAUUGCGAAGAUGUUGACAACAACUUCACAGAAUCUUUCAACAAGACCAUCGACAAAGCAAGGGAGAAACCGUUUGUGGCAAUGUUGGAGACAGUUAGAAGACUGUCUAUGGUUCGGAUUGCCAAGCGUUCAGCUCUCUCUCAUUCUCACAAAGGUAAUUAACUUUAUUCAAAAUUUAAUGCAAUUUUCUACGAUUGUCUAUGAUUUUAUUCAAAGACUGUCUAUGAUUUCUACAUAUUUAAUGCAAUGUUCUUGGUUUUUGAUGUUUCAGGUUUAUGUACUCCAUAUGUGGCAAGGUUUCUUGCUAAAGAGCAUGACAAAGCUUCGGAAUGCCAGGUGCAUCCUUCUACUAAUGGGUGCUUUGAAGUCACACUGGAUGG